ACAGUGCGAGCCAAAAAAAAAUUGACAAAGGAAAAUUUGUUCGGAAGACGCCAUUUUGUUACGCAUCAAGCUUCCUCGCUUCGCAGCUCCAAUCUUUUUUACUCAAAAAACCUACAAUACGUGUAGGAUAAGUUUAUUGUUAUUUUCCUUGGUGUGGUUAAGUGAAAUCCGUCAAGCUGACAUCGGAAACUAAAAUGCCGGGCGCCGGUACUUUCAAAAUCUUCGUCGGGAAUCUAUCCGAUAAAACGACGGACGCCGAUCUUAGACCGCUAUUCGAAAAGUACGGUACGGUCGUAGAAUGCGAUAUCGUCAGAAAUUACGGUUUCGUGCACAUGGAAAACGAACAAGUCGGCCGCGAAGCCAUUCAGAACCUAAACGGAGAGAUAGUUCAUGGUCAAGCGAUAAAAAUCGAGGCGGCGAAGAGUCGGAAAGCGCCGUCGACACCGACCACGAAAAUAUUCGUCGGUAACCUCACGGACAAGACGCGCGCGCCCGAGGUCCGCGAGCUGUUUCAGAAGUUCGGGACGGUCGUCGAAUGCGAUAUCGUUCGUAACUAUGGCUUCGUGCACUUGGACGCGACGGGCGACGUGAACGAGGCUAUCAAAGAGCUGAACGGUAUGAUGGUGGACGGGCAGCCCAUGAAGGUGCAGCUGUCGACGUCGCGCGUGCGCCAGCGGCCGGGCAUGGGCGACCCCGAGCAGUGCUAUCGCUGCGGGCGCGGCGGCCACUGGUCCAAGGAGUGCCCCAAGGCGCUGGGCCCCGACCGCAACGGUUUCCGCGAUCGAGCGUUCGGCCGCGACCCCUACCCCCCGCCGCCGCCGCCGCCGUUCCUCCGCGAUCGCAUGAUGGGAGGAUUUGGGGAUCCGUACGAUGGGUACUACGAGCGGGCGCGGUUCGAGUCGCCGCGGGACCUGUUCGAGCGCCGCUACCCGGGCGGGCGCGGGCUGGAGGUGGGCCGCGCGCGCGGAGAGUUCGUGUCGCCGCCGCUGCGCCGCGACCCGAUGCCGCCGAUGCCGAGCCUGCCUCCGAUGCGCAGCGGCAUGGGAGCCAUGAGGUCCUCGUAUGAUGCUAUGUACAGCCGCAGAAGUCCCCCGCGAGGACCACAGAUGUCCCGCGGGAUGUAUGAAGAUUUCAGCCGUGACACGUUUGAUGACAGAAGGCCUGGCAUGCGUGGACCAUCUCCAUCCAGAAGAUACGCGCCUUAUUAAGACUAAUUAGUAUUAUAACAGUUGUACAACAUUGUGUUGCAACUAUUGUCAGACAUUUCGUUCAUAAACUUGAUUGUCCGACAAAUCAGAUUUUUACAGACUAUUUACUACAAGGUGGCAGAAGCCGAUGAGUGACUGAAAUUGUAUUAUAAUUUCUAAAGUUUAGUGUGAUAUGGAUGAAUGUGCAAGAGAUUUUUCUGAUGAAUUGUAAAUAAGU